AGACCAACCUUAUUGUGACAACCCUUAUUACUGUAGGUUUUUCUGGACGGGAGACUUCUCAUAAAAAUAGCAUAUUCUCUAGACUGGCAGAACACUUUCCAUUUAUUUUCAAUCUCUUGGGGAAGCACCAUCCACAGUCUCACAACACUAAAGAAAACUAUUCACCUGAGCGUUCAUGUCUUUCUGAGAUGAUAAAUAGACUAGAGUCCACUGAAUUGCCUAAUAUAGUCCCCGUGGACGGCACAGCUGAAGGUUUUGGUAUUUACUCUGCCGAACUCCAGAUGUUAUUGAGCAACAGUGGUGACGAAAUAUAUCCUUUUAGAGGACAUGAUUGUAGUUCUGAACAAAGCGAAGCUGAAUUCUUAGAGGCCAGUGCAGAUUCUUCCAUGGCUUAUGACCGAAACACUGGAGGAGCACCCACUUUUCAAAGGGAGAUGCUUCUUAGACAUGAUAUGGGUCCCGGAAAUCAUUUUGCACAGGAGUGGGCCACCAAGGGGGCCACUGAUUCUGGAGCAACUCGAGUGCUGGACAGUCCGAUGCUUUACAGACUUCCCAUCGGUGUGAAACCUUCAGAGUUGAAAGAUGGUCCCAACGUCUCAAACACUAGUGAUCAUCCAGAGAAAACAAUAAUAAAUGAUAUAAAGGCACAGCCUCAGGUUACUCCAAGUAUGCCUUUGGAUCCACCGACUGAUGCAGGUUUUGAAGCCGUAAUGGACAUCUUUAAUAACACAUCUGUGUUACUGAAGGGAGAUAACACUAAUGUUUCCAAGAAGCAAGGAGUGCUUUCUGUUCGUGCUGCAUCUAUGCUGGAAGCUGAAAGAAAUUCACAAAAGAAGUGGAGUCCUGUGGUGGAGAUGAAAUACCGAGGAGGGAUAUACAAUGGCCGUUGCCAAGGAGGUCUCCCUGAAGGGAAGGGUCGUGUAUCUUUCGGGGAUGGAAGCGUAUACAAUGGCAUGUGGCGAUAUGGUAAGAGAUCAGGUCUCGGUACUUUCUACUUCAGUAAUGGGGAUGUGUUCCAGGGAUCUUGGAGAGACGAUGCUAUGCAUGGCAAGGGAUGGCUUUAUUUUCGCACUGGGGAUCGGUGGUUUGUGAAUUUUUGGAAGGGAAAGGCCAAUGGGGAAGGACGCUUCUAUUCAAAGCUUGGUGACGUUUUCUUUGGCCAUUUUAAAGAUGGCUGGCGGCAUGGCCACUUUCUCUGUAUCAAUGUCAAUGCAGCAAGGUGUCUGGAGAUUUGGGAUGAGGGUGUUCUGGUAAGCCGUAAGCAGUUGGAUUCUGAUGCUGGUGCUGGAUAG